UUUGUUAUGGAGACUUGGCGGUUAAUGGAGGCCAAAAACAUUAGCCUGAAUGAUAAAUGUGUCUCUCUUAUGACUCAGACCCUAUGUAAGGGGGGUUACUUGGAAGAGGUUAGGCUUACACCAAUGUCAGCUGGCAUAACUAACCCUAGCUAUCACUAACCAACUCUGGUGGUAAGGUCCAGCACAGAAGGAGAAUCCAGGAGCUUGUAUGAUCUACCAGGUGAGAUUAUGUGGCUACAAGCCUUAUUAGAGGAGCUGCAGGUUCCUAUAAUCAGAUCAGUGGUGUAUUUUGACAAUCUGAGAAGAGUUAUUAUCAGAUCUGCACUCAAGGACCAAACAUAUGGAGGUGAAAUUGUUCUUUGUCAGAGUAAAAGAGAUGCAAGGGUAGCUGUUAACUGUUCGAUCCCUUAAGAAGAGCAGCCAGCAGAUCUGAUCACUAAAACAGUCUCCAAAGUUAAGUUCCUCAGUUAAAGAAGCAUUGCAUGUAGCAGAUCUGCAGGACCUUAGAGAGCCCCGUUUCAGGGGGAUAAUAGUGUGAGUUGAUGCGUAUAGGUUAGGCUUUCACAAUGACAACCAGCAUAACUAAUCCACUGUCACUAACUCCAGUGUAGAAUCCCUUAACUACCCUUGCUAUUGCAGUAUAGUUUCUGUAAUCUAGUGUAAUUAAUCAAUUAUAAUUAUCAUAAUCAUCAUAACAGAAUUCCAAAGCUUCUCUCUAUAGAUUCUAAAGCUUUUCUGAGAUUCUAUUUAUAUUUGUUUUCUGUGAAAAAAAAAAUUAUUAUACUGUAAAUUGAUAAAGUAGUCACUAGUGGAUCAUCUUAACGUUGGAAGACUUUUAUUUCUCUUCUGCCUUUGUUCAGGCCUUUAAUAUGGUGGAUUUUCUUGGAGAAAGUCAUGACUUCCAUCCAGUUCCCUCUCUGUAUAAUUUUUUAUUAACAUCCUGCGUUAAAGAGAAGAAUAUAAUUCAUGCAAGAAAAUGUUUGGAAUUGAUGGAAAAGCAGAUGGCAGGGAAGAAUGAAAUCACAUAUAUAGAGCUUCUCAAGCUUGCAGUUUUGCAGGAAAACUUGUCCGCGGUUCAUUUAAUUUGGGAGGAUUAUAUUAAAAACUACAGCAUGAGUAUGUUACCUCUGAUGAAAUUCAUUCACUCUUUUACAGCAUUGAAAGAUUUAAAAUCUGCUUAUAAAACACUACAGCAUAUGGUGUCGUUAGCCAUCAUGGGAAACAUUGGUAUCACUAGAAAGGCUAGUGGGAGUUUAUUUUCUGCUAGAUUGGAUAUCCCUGUACCUUCAAAUAGGGAUUUUAGUUCAACUUUAUUGGAUUUAAAGGAGAACGAGCAACUGGAUUCUUGGAUAUGUCCUGCUUUCCCAGAUGCUAUUUGUGCUAGUGUAGAGCAGGAAGCUUUUCGUGUGGGAAAAAGAGAAGUUAAAACUGCGGCACUAGCUGGCCUAAAUAGAGAAGAACACUCGUUGCUUAAGGAGGUUUUGAUAUGGUCCUUUGAUCAAGUAUUAUAUGGGUGUAGACAGCAUAAAAAUUAUGAGCUUGUGCAGAAGAUUAUGUUACAGAUGCAAGACCUUGGUUUGGACCCAAGCAGGCAUGCAUAUGAUUGCCUUGUUAGAACAGUUGUUUCUCAAAGACAUUUUAAGGAUGGCAUAGAAAUAUUAAAGAAAAUGAAACAGAAUAAUUUGAAGCCACUUGAUUCAACUUUGGCAGCACUUUCAGUCAGUUGCAGCCGUGCACUAGAGCUUGAUUUAGCUGAGGCUUUCUUGAAUCAGAUUGCAGGAUAUCCACAUCUGUAUCCUUAUGGUGCUUUGCUUGCAGCAUGUGAUGAAAUGGAUCAACCCGAACGUGCUUUGAGGGUGUUUGCCAAAAUGAAGCAGAUAAAACUUGUACCUGAUAUCAGGAUAUACGAGAAUCUUUUUUCAUUGUUUGGCACUGUAAAUGCCCCAUACGAAAAUGGCAACAGAAUGUCACAGGCGGAUGCAUUUAAAAGAAUUAAUGCUAUUGAAAGGGAUAUGGCCAAGAAUGGGAUUCAGCACAGUCAUAUUUCAAUGAAAAACUUGUUGAAGGCCCUCGGAGAAGAAGGAAUGAUAAGAGAAUUGUUCCAAUAUUUACAUGUGGCAGAGAAUCUUUUCAUUUACAGCAACUCUUCUUUGAGAACAGAGAUGUACAACACAGUGUUGCAUUAUCUUGUUGAAGCCAGAGAAAGUCAUAUGGCUAUUGAAAUUUUUAAGAAAAUGAAGAAGUUUGGCUUCCACACAGAUUCGGCAACAUAUGAUAUAAUGAUUGAUUGUUGUAGCAUCACAAGAUGCUUCAAAUCGGCGUCUUUGUUGGUUUCAAUGAUGAUACGUAAAGGGUUUCAUCUGGAGAUUUGCACGUAUACUUCUCUCAUAAAGAUUUUGAUGGAAAAUGAGAAUUUUAGUGAAGCCUUGAAUCUGUUGGAACGGGCCAAAUUGGGUGGGAUUCAACUUGAUGUGCUGCUGUUUAAUACCUUUCUUCGAUCUGCAAGUUACAAGGGAAGGAUUGAUAUAAUUGAGUUUAUUGUGGAGUAUAUGCACAGAGAGAAAAUUCAGCCUGAUCCAGCAACAUGUCGCCAUGUCUUCUGUGCAUAUGUAGCUGCUGGUUUUCACCAUACAGCAAUGGAAGCAUUGCAGGUCUUAACUUUGCGUAUGAUGUCUAAAUACGGCAGCAUACUCGAAAAGGAGGAAGAUUUUCUGGACGAAUUCAUUUUUGCAGAAGAUUCGGAUGCCGAGUCAAGAAUAAUUAAGCUAUUUAAAGAUCGUAAAGAGGAACUCUCAGUUGCAUUGUUGAAUUUAAGAUGGUGUGCUGUUGCAGGAUUUCCAAUGCUCAAGUCAGCUGAUCAAAGCCUUUGGGCCAAAAGACUUGAAUCACAAUUCCAUACAAGGAGGCUCUUGGUGCCUGGUCGCAUGAGAUCUUAUCAGUCCUCAAGUUAUUACCACAAUAGGCAGAUAUAAUCAUCAGAGCCAUGGCACCUUCCUUGAAUACGCUUUAGAUGUUUCUGCUGUCUCAAGCUCUGUUGAGAGUAAUUUUUCUGUUCUUGGUUAAGAGCAACUGUUUUCUAUUUUACCAGACCUAGAAACACUUCUCUCUGGUUGCAAUGAUUGUCUUCAACCAAAUGAAGUUAAAUUCUUUUCAAAGUGAACAGCACACUUAGAUUGAGCUGAAAUUGUAUAGAAAUAAAUCAAAUGGAGAAUUAAUAAAAGACCAAUAGGGUAAACUAUUAUUUAUGGUAAUAAAA